AUGGAAAACAAUGCUGUUGAUAUCAUAUCAGGUCUUAAUGGAAAAGGUGUCAACUCACCUACUUAUGUAGCACCUGGCAUCACUGGUAGUGGAUAUGCUCUGAAACUCAUUCGUACCAGUUAUCAGUAUAUAACAAUACCAACCUAUAAAAGCUUCGUUAAUACCAGUUUUACAGUGGAAAUGUGGAUUUAUCCUACGACUCUAAGCAAUGGUAACUAUUAUGGACUCUUUACUCAAUAUGAUACACAAUCAGCAGACCACUCGUUACAGAUGAUGGUUCGAGGUUUACAGCUGACCUUAGACUUUUAUGCUGAUGGAGUUAACGGUGCAACGUCACUGACAAAAAACACUUGGUAUCACGCUGCCUUUGUCUACGAUUAUCCAUCAAAAACACAAACUGUUUAUUUAAAUGGAUACCAAGAUGCGAGUGGUAUGUCAAAUCAGCCAUAUUUAGGUACGAGUGGUUCGAUCAAUAUUGGGAUUUACAUUGAUCAAGUUACGCUCUACAUGAACGCUAGAAGUGCUGAUGACAUUCUUAACGAUGCUACUUUGGCCUCAUGGCACACAUUUGAUAGUGGGAUUACUUAUGAUUCAGGUCCAAACAAACUCCAAGGGACGGCUGUUGAUGUCACAUUAGCACCUGGUAAAGUGGGCCAAGGAUUGAACUUCAAUUUGAGUUCAUCUUAUUAUCAGAUACCCGGAUAUGUCCUUCUUGGAGUCAAAAGCAGAUCAUUUUCAAUGUCUCUAUGGGUACAACGAACAUCGACAGGUGGAGGAACUCUUGUUCAUUACUCGGUACAAUCAAAUGGUAAAGGAUGGUGUAUUGUCCCAAUAGGAUUUUCCUCUACUGGUAAUAUAACUGCUACUGCUUGGAAGCCAGACAAGCAGGUGACAGGUCCUGUUCUAUUGGUCAACACCUGGACACAUAUUGCCACUACCUAUUCGCAAGCAAAUGGGCUUACAUUGUAUGUUAAUGGAGUAUCUGUUGGUGAUACAGGUGCACAGCCCAAUGAUGCACCAGGUACAGUGGUUAUUCUGACAUUGGGAAACUCACUAAGUGGUGAUGGAUGUAAUUCACAGUCAAUUGUAACAGGCCCAUUUUCUGGCUAUUUAGAUGAGUUUCGUGUCUACUCACGAGAACUCAGUGCCAGAGAGGUCUUUGCACUUACUAAAGAUGCAACCUGUAGUGACGGAAUUAUGAACGGCGAUGAAACGGACAUCGAUUGUGGAGGUUCAUGUCCGGCAUGCGUUGGAUACCAGAUGUGUAAAGUCGAUCUGGAUUGUACCACUGGCUGUAAUAAUAUUUCAUGCUUGAACGGCUUUUGCCAAGGUUGUAAUGUUACAGGAUGUCGUUUAAAAAUCGUCGAUUACAUUUCACAAAAUCAAACAUAUGAUACAAAGAAUUUGAGUGAAUGUAUAAACUGCGGCGAAGCACAAUACCCGAAUUUUCCAAGCUAUUGGUCAAUCGUUUGGCAUAAAGAAAAUUUUGUUGUUUAUAGUGACGCUGGAUACGAUUGCGCAGGAAAUCCAUACACUGGAACUUUAACACAAUGUGAAACAUUUUGUUUUAAAGACCCAACAUGUGUCGGAUUUACAAGAGCAAAGAGUUCCGCAGAUAAUUCUAGUGUUGCAUGUUAUUUAAAAAAUAAUAUUCAAUCCAGUUUAACUUAUAACGAUCCUACAUGGCAAACAGAAUAUAUUGUAGAAGAAUAUCAACAACCAGAAGAAUUAUUAAUGCAAUUAUAUCAACAGACUGAAUCAAUGCGUGUUAUGAUCAACACAACAGAUUAUGAUUGUAGUCAAGUUAAAUUAAAAAUGAAUACAACAUAUUCACAUCGUUAA